GCAGCUAAAAUCAAAAUCAAGCUGAUAAAAAUGAAUUCAAAAUUACUUUUUGCUAUGCUGGCAGUGUGUGUUAUCUUGGAAGAAGGUACAGCUAUAAUCAGUAUGGGGAGCAGCCUUCACUGUGUCUGUAUUAAAUCUGAAUCAAGGUUCAUUCCACACAGAAUUCUAAACAAGGUGGAGAUUUUGCCUAAAGGACCACAUUGCAAUACUAUCCAGAUUAUAGCCUAUCUGAAGACUGGAGAAGCGAUUUGCCUUAAAAAGAAAGCCCCUUGGGUGAAGAAGAUUAUCAAAAAGAUUUUGGAAAAUGAACGAAAAAAAUAAAGAACAAACUGGAGCUGUCUCCUUAUGAAGAAAUGCCAAACACACAGGCACAUAGUUAGAAGAAAAGUUGGCAUCCAGCAAACCAAGCAGCUAAAAUAAGUAAUGCAGAAUACCUCAAUGAAAAAUAAUAAUGGAAAAUCCCGAAGGAAGAUGUGGUGAUAUUUAAAACAUGUGGGGGGCCACCACCAAAUAGCUGGUCAUGCUCAAAAACAGUAAUGUAUUUGAUAUGUGCCUAAUUCCAAAUAUUGCUAAAAAUGCAAUAUACUGUAUACAGUUUUGGUAAAGAAUGCACACUUUGUGGAACAAUAUAUUAUAUCAAUAGGAUGCUAAUCAGUGUGGGAUGAGAAAAGAAAAAUACCUAAAUAAGCUUUAAACACAGAGAAAAAAAAAUCCAUAUUUUGUGAUACUGUUUUUUAUUAUUUGACAUUUAGAACCAGUAAGCUGUGGUUUCAAGCAGUAUUAUAGUUUGAAAUGAUUUUUACAAAGUACACUUGGGUUCAUUGUAUUGUAUUAAUGGUGUUCUCUACUUUGUAGACCCUUGGUGCUUUAAUAUAGUUACAAAAAAUAUUUCUUUAUGUAAGCAUAAUCUUUAUGCCUUUAUCUA